CUGUGUUUCCUCCCAGCAGCUGCUGCACCAGCCGACCCCUGACGGGACUGAACGAACAGAGCCGAACGAAGUCGAAGUGACGGCGACAGGUCCGCACUGACCCAGCAGCCAGGGACUGGACAAACAUCGAAAGAGAGAGCUUUGCUACUGUAUAUAAAGACACUAAAUUCACAGUUUAUAACUACUAACACGUUAAAAGACUUCGCUAGGAUGACGGCUCUAAGCAGCUGGGAGUUGUGCGUCAAAUACGCCCUCUUCAUCUUCAAUUUCAUCUUCUGGUUGGCAGGUACUGGAGUUCUAGCCGUGGGACUUUGGCUACGUUUUGACUCCAGGACAGCAGGACUGUUUGAAGGACAGGACUCGCCCACAGUCUUCUUCACUGGCGUGUACAUUCUGAUCGCAGCAGGGGCUCUGAUGAUGGUCGUGGGCUUCCUGGGAUGCUGCGGAGCCAUCAAAGAGUCGCCGUGCAUGCUGGGACUGUUCUUCCUCUUCCUGCUCAUCAUCUUCGCUGUGGAAGUGGCUGCUGGGAUCUGGGGCCUCUCCAACAAGGACCGGGUGGUGGAGGACGUCACAGAGUUUUAUAAACAGACUUACAACAACUACAAAGACACCAAACAGGAAGCACUGAAGGAGACCCUCCGCCUCAUCCAUUUUGGACUGAACUGCUGUGGUCCGACAGGAACAGUGAUCGAUGCUGCCAGAGAUAUCUGCCCCAAAAAGGAUGGACUGGAGGCCCUAAUCACCACGAGCUGUCCGGCUGCCAUCGACGAGAUGUUCAACAACAGGCUGCACAUCAUUGGUGGGGUUGGCAUUGGUAUUGGAGUCAUUAUGAUCUUUGGGAUGAUCUUCAGCAUGAUGCUCUGCUGUGCCAUUAAGAGGUCCAGAGACUUUGUUUAAAACCACACACAAAAAUCCUCUCCAUCUUUAACUCGUGUCACUUUUUACACCUGCUGCUUUAGAGUUUAUACCAGUUUAAUAAUGAUAACCGUCAUCUCUUAGUUUCCUGCCUUGAAUCCAUACAGGAUGGCCACAUUGACCUGUGAGAGUAUGGAGCCUGAUCAAUGAUGCUUCUUAAUUUUCCACUCUGUCUGUAGGGAGAUUAUAUUUGUACCCAGAGUAAACUGAACAAAUGCCCAGUAUACUACAGGAAAAGAGAGACUCUGUUGCCCCCUGGAGGACUGCAAAGAUCACUCCGUUUUUUCUUUUUUCGGAUAAAACCACUUCAAUUUAUGUAAAGCAAGUUGAAAGUUUGCCUGUGGUGAGUUGUGAUCUAACAGGCUUUUUUUGCAGCUAACUGAAUUUUACCGUGUGACUCAUGUUUAGAUUUUAUUAAAUUUUUUCAUUAGAAGCUUUGGUUUUUAUAAAAAAAAAAAAAGAACUGUGGAGUUUUAUGCACAUAUUUUGAUGAAUGCAGUUCAAAUAUAAUGUAUCUUUAUGUCAAAUAAAUGAACUAAUAAAUGCUGAUUUGUGUUAAA